AUGGAGUUAACUGAUGGUCGGAUAUCGGAAUUUGGAUACUGCUUUUAUACGCCACAAGAAAUUCGGUCACUUUCUGUCCUAGAAAUAUCGUCAGAUGCGACUUUCGACAGGUUUACUAAUCGUGGUAUUGACGGAGGUCUACAUGACAUGGCACUUGGCCCAUGCAAUGAAAAAGAUAUUUGCGCUCAUUGUGGGCUCGGCUACGUCCAGUGUCCAGGUCAUAUGGGCCACAUAGAGUUUUUUAAACCGGUUUACAACCCAUUGCUUUUUGACCUCGUCGUUCGCCUCUUGAAAUCCUUUUGCUUCUCGUGCUUUAGAAUCUACAAUGUUGAUCUUCUAUCGGCCUGUUUAGAGCUACUCGGCUUGCCCGAUAUUUUACUUCCUAGCAAACCAAAGCCCUCAGAAAUAGAAGAUCUUAGAAGUUUACCUUCCGCUGAAUUGCGCAAGACUGCUAUUAGAGCCAUGUCUACCCGCCCGCGCAUUCCAUGCCGCAACUGCAGUUCCAAAGCGUGGAUACCAAAGCACAUAAACCACCAACAAAUCGUGAUGAGACCGGUAUCGGACUCCCGAAACUCAAGUGGCGAUGGAGAUACCGAACACGAGCCAGGAGAGCUGGAAUGUUGGGCUGCAAUAGAAGCACAGUUAUUGUGUGAUAAGGCCACCUCCCGCCCUGUAGUGUCAUUUGAGGAUAGUACCUCACAAACUACAAGGAUCGAAUUCGACGAUAUUGCUGAAUCCGUCCAGUUAGUCCGAGAUAUGCUUCGAUGCGUGUGGCUGCAGGAUUCUUCGAUUCUUCGGAUUAUUUUCCCGUUCCUUCAUGCUGCGUCGGCAAAAUUCCACUACGCGACCGAUGUUUGCUUUAUGGAGGUCAUGCCCGUCUCCCCAUCAUUUUGCCGAUGGCCUCGCAUGGUAAACGGAAUGGCAUACGAGCACCCAGCAACGGCGCUUUUCUCUCGUGUCAUCAAUCGGGCAAUCGCUCUUCGGCAAAUAGCCGAGUACUUGAAGGAAAAUGACUUGGUAGGACCACAAGGCCUCUCGAAAACCUCUGACGUUGUUUCGGCUGCCAAACAGGCCCAACUGUCGACGGUAGACGGAGCUGCCGGUCACAAAAUUUCGCCCACCUUAAUGACUGCAGAGCGUGCUACUGCCGCACUACACGCCUCGGUCAUAUUCCUGCAAGCCGCGGUAAACGCCGUCUACGACGUGAACAUUAGCGUCCUGCCCACUGGCUUUGAAUCGCGCACCAGAAAUGCCACCACGGUGCCCCUGCCGGGUUUGAAACAGCGCCUGGAGAAGAAGCAGGGUCUCUUCCGCAUGCACAUGAUGGGCAAACGUGUCAAUUACGCCUGUCGCUCUGUCAUCAGCCCCGACCCGAACCUUCGUGUGUUUGAGGUAGAGUUGCCACGCCUCGUUGACACCCGCAGCUUACAAAUAAGCCAGCAAAAGUUGAGCGGAAGCCUAAACAUCCAGACAAAAUUGUUUGGUGUUCUGCUCUUCAUUGUUGGCCUUGAAGCAAACACCUUCCUAACCAGCUUUAAUAUUCAGUUGCAGGUUGGUGUCCCGCUCUUUAUCGCCCUCAAACUAACCUUUCCGGAACCCGUGACGGCUCAUAGCAUUGGCAAACUGCGCCGACUCGUCAGAACCGGUCCCGACGUGUACCCGGGCGCCAUAGUCGUGCAGAUGCCCGACGGAUCCAAGCAGAUCAUCCCGCCGGGCAACUCGGAGCCUGCGGUCGCCCGCCGUCUCACCAUGUCCAAGCGUCUCGCCAUUCCACAAACCGGCGUGCACGACGGCAUGCCCAUGAUUGUGCACCGGCAUUUGGAGGACGGGGAUUACUUGGUGAUGAAUCGUCAGCCCACCCUCCACAGGCCCUCUAUUCAGGCCCACAGGGUGCGAAUAAUCCAAGCCCCUGGGGCGAAGACCCUGCGUCUGCACUACGCCAUUUGCAAGGCCUACAACGCCGACUUCGACGGCGACGAAAUGAACGGGCACUUCCCGCAGACCUACCAGGCCAAGUCUGAAAUGACCCAAUUGGCCGCUGUGCCGUAUCAGUACCUCGCGCCAAAGGACGGUUCUCCGCUCGGCGGUCUCAUCCAGGACCACGUUAUUGCCGCCGUGAAGUUGACCACCCGCGACAGGUUCUUCGAUCAGGACGAGUACCUCGAUCUCGUUUACAACGCCCUUUACGCCUCUGUGGCCGAGGACGGCUGUCUUCCCGAUGUGAUCCUUCUGCCUCCGGCUAUACUUAAGCCAAGUCGCCUAUGGACUGGAAAGCAGGUGGUCUCCACUCUCUUAAUGAACGUCGCACCAGCCGGCCUGCCGCAGUUAAACGCCCACAUCGAGGGACGCCGCACAAAAGUUGAGCUGUGGGCCGGCGUGCCGUUCUCUCGCGCCCGCAUCCUCUCCGACGUGGAUCUUGUCGUCGUUGGCGGGUACCUCGCCUCAGGCCUUCUCGACAAGGCGCACAUCGGCUCGGCCUCGGGUGGACUUGUGCACUGCUUCUACGAGGCCUACGGCGCCUGCGCGGCCUCACAGCUCCUCUCUGGCAUCUCCCGCAUGGCUGACCGGUUCCUGAAAAUCGCCAGCUUCACCAUGUCCCUUGCCGACAUUAUGCUCAACGAAAAAGCAGACAAGGAUAGGCGGAAACGCUUUAGGAAAAUGCAAGAUCUUGGGCUGUGUGCCUUUGCCGACGCCUUCGGAUUGACUGCGGACUCUUUGACGGAGGAGAAGGUGCAGACCCUCUACAGGCGGGCCCACUUUGCUUCGACAACCGAUGAAAUUUACGGCGGCAAAUUGGCCGCUCUCGACCGCGCUGUCAAGGACAGGAUCAAGCACUCCCAAGAUGCUGUCUGCGACUCAUCGAUCCCAUCGGGUCUCUACACGCCGUUCCCCGCCAAUUCCCUGCAGCUGAUGGUGCAUGUCGGCGCAAAGGGUGGCAUGGUGAACGCACAGCAAAUGUCAGUGGCCCUGGGCCAGAUAGAAUUGGAGGGUCGUCGCGUGCCCCUCAUGCUGAGCGGCCGGACUCUGCCCUCCUUCCCGCCCUACGACGUUCGUCCGCGUGCCGGUGGCAUGUGCACGCACCGUUUCCUCACCUCGAUGCCCCCACAGGAGCUCUUCUUUCAUUCGAUGGCAGGUCGAGACGGUCUCAUCGACACGGCCUGCAAGACCUCUCGCUCAGGCUACCUCCAGCGCUCGCUCAUCAAACAUCUUGAGGACCUCUCUGUGCAGUACGACGGAACCGUGCGUGAUUCGGGCGGCGGGGUAAUCCAGUUCCGCUACGGUGACGACGGCCUUGACGUCUGCCAGUCGGCGUUCUUGAAGCCUGCUGGAAUAAAUUUUUUCGCGGAAAACGCGGAGCUCCUGACGGAGCGUUGGCGUUGCCCCAACGACCCUGAGGUCUACCAAAAGAUGGCCGAGAACAAUCCCCUUUCUCCCGACCUCGCACAGAAGGUGGACGAGGUGGCCGUUAACCGACUCAAUGUACUGCAAAUGUCACUCAGCACGAAGAAACUUGCCCACCUACAGAAACGUCGUGAACGCGCUCAACGGAAGCUCACCGAGGCCGAUUACAAAACCGGCCUACCCGACCCACCAUGCACCCUAGCUGGAGAUCUACGAACAAUAGUCACCGCUAAAGUUAUACAAGGCCAGGUUCCACCGGGGGAGCCCGUGGGUCUUCUCGCGGCCCAAUCCAUCGGCGAACCCUCCACCCAGAUGACACUGAACACCUUCCACUUUGCGGGUCGCGGUGAAAUGAAUGUCACCCUCGGCAUUCCGCGACUGCGCGAGGUGCUGAUGGCGGGUUCGUCCGUCAUCGCCACGCCCUGCAUGGAGGUGCCGAUUCUUCCCAACCCAGUGGCCAAAGCCAAGGCUGAGCACAUCGCCCGUGGGAUGUACAAGUUGCGCCUCACUGAGGUCAUCAAACUGCCCCUGGGUGUGGAGGUCGACUACUCGUCGGACUCCUGCUCGCUCACCUUCAACCUGCUGCCCCUCUCGGCGUACGAGGCGCGCACCAACGUUCGCCCCCAGCGCAUCAUUCGCUUCUUCGAGCGCGUCCUCUUUGUGGACUUGAGCAAACGCCUGGCGCAGGAGCUCAAGGACCAGGGAAAGUCGAACGCGAUCGCGAGUUUCAAUCUCAGGGCGCUGGCACGCCAGCAGCAGGCAGAGUGGCAGGACGAUGGGGACGAGGCGGGCGGCCGACCUGGCGUUGGACACGACGAGUGGGGUGAAAAUGACGGCGCUGAGGCUGUCCGUCGACGUCGUCUUGAGGCCGAGGAUGAGGCGGAUCCCGAGGUCGGAGCUAGAAGUGGCCGAAACAACGCCAACGGCGAAGUCAUCGAUGAGGACGAUGACGAGGUCGCGGAGCUCCGUGAGAUCGGUGUUGACCCCGAGGCUGCUGCCGCUGCCGAGGACCAGGAAGCCGUCGGCGGGGAUGACGAUGCGGCGGAAACUUGGCAGGAUGUGGGGUCCUCUGCUUCUGCAAAUCUGCUUAACAAGAAGGCAAAUUUGCCAACUCCAUCAAAAGUUAAGGAGGUCACCGAAGCAAGCGGUGCUGAGGCCAUAGAAUUAGAGCGUGGGGAAGACGAUGAGGAGCAGGGCGAGGAGUUGGUUUUUGACAAUGAUGCUGAUGAUGGGGCCCAAGGGUCAGUGAAGGGCCUGGACCAAAGUCGAAUCAGUUUUGUGAAGAGUUUGCACCAUCGUUUUACUGACUACUCCUACGACACUCAACAGCCACCUUCAUGGGUGAAGCUGACCAUAUCUAUGUUCGACCCCAAGGAUGGCCGUAUAUCCAUAGACUUGCGCACUCUGGUGCAGCGCAUCGUCGGCAGGAGUGUGGUCUCCUCCGUCCCAAACAUCCGACAGGCCUUUAUCGAUAAAACUGACCCCUUGAAGUGGAUUCUUCGCGUUGAGGGCGUCAACGUUCCGGAGCUCUAUCGUUACGGUGAUGUGUUUGACCUCACCCAACUCUACACAAACCACGUGCACGUCAUGCAGGAGCACUUCGGGGUGGAGGCGGCCCGAGCCUCCCUCCAGCGCGAAAUCUCCGGCGUGUUCGACCACUACGGCAUUUACGUAAACCCUCGCCAUCUGGGCCUCGUUGCAGACUACCUCACCAAGACGGGCCUCUACCGGUCAUUCAACCGUCGCACCAUGGACUUCCAUCCCUCGCCAAUGCAACGCAUGACGUUCGAGACAGCCACGAGUGUGCUGAAAUCCGUUAUCCAGGAGGACUUAGUUGAAAGCACGGUCUCACCAUCGGGCAGUAUCGUUCCUGGUCAACUAACCCAUGGCUAUGGGACCACGUGUUUUGACCUUUUGACCCAACUCACCAUUUAA